CCAUUGACCAGAUCAUCUACCGAGUACUCGUACCUUUCCUCAACCUUGAUUGUUUCCUAUAACCACAUUUCUCCUCCCCUUCCCAUUGCUAAAGUGCACUGCACUCCGCUCCUUUACUCCGACAUGAAAUAGUACCACACAUAAACAAAGACGCUACCAUGUCUUUACAAAACCCUCCGCAGAGUCCCUCGUGGGGGUAUCGCACAACUUCUUCGCUGAUAAUGGGCAUUGCGGGCGCAAUAUCGAGGGGUUUCCUUUUUGGGAUGAAUAGAACGGAGACAAUUGGGCUUGAUAAGUUUCUAGAAACUCUGGAUAGCAGAAAAGAUGUACAGGGAAGAGAAAGAGGGCUGAUAACUGGUGUGUAUCACCGCCUCCGAAAUUGUUGGUGGAAAUAGAACUGACGAAUUGGAAUAGUGUCGAAUCAUGUCAGCGUGUAUGUCUGGAAUAUGCGACCCCUCAGAUUCGUUUGAGCUCAUGACAUGCUUGCAGAAUCGACGAUCCUUUAAUAUGGGGUGUACUGCCUCUGAAAUACGGCUUCAACCCCUCGAACCAUAGAUGGAGUUUAGGGAGCUACGAUAUCUGUUUCCAAAAUAAGUACGUGUUCGCGCCUCUAUAUAAACCCAAAAUUCUAACAAAACUCCUCCUCGCAGAUUCCUAUCCUCUUUCUUUACCUACGGACAAGUUCUCCCCACUCACCGUGGCGCAUAUUCUACCUACGGAACCCCUUUCCAACCCACCAUGACCGAAGCAAUCCGCCUCCUCUCCUCGCAACCCUUCCCAAAGACCUCCACAACCGCCCGCCCAAUCCUGACACUCAAAGAUCCCCUCUCCACCGAGUCCCUCCUCUCCGAUCCCUUCACUUCAGGCGCCUUUACAUACUCCACCAACGACCAAGAUUCAUUCAUCGCUCCCUCUAUAUACACCUCCAACAAACACGCCUGGAUCCAUAUUUUCCCAGAAGGUCGCGUACAUCAGCAUCCGCAAAAGACGCUGCGAUACUUCAAAUGGGGAGUUUCACGUCUGAUUCUUGAAUCCGAUCCGCUUCCUGACAUAAUACCAAUUUUUAUCGAUGGGAAUCAGCAAAUCAUGCAUGAAGCUCGGACAUUUCCGCGAUUUAUCCCACGGACGGGGAAAGAUGUGAAGAUCGUGUUUGGUGAGAAGGUGGAUGGGGAGAAAGUCUUUGGAGAACUACGGGGUAAAUGGAAGACAUUGGUUGAAUUGCAGAAGAAAGCGUUGGAUAAGAAGGGGGUUACACAGGAAUGGAGUAUGGGCGAAUUAACCGAAGGCCUUAAACACUCUGCUGAAGCUCAAGCUUUGAGGAAGGAAGUCACUCUACGUGUCCGCAUGGAAGUUCUGAAAGUCCGAAGGAGUCUGGGAUAUCCAGAUGAAGAUCCUAAACAAGGACUUGCGGAAACCUGGGCGGAAGAAGGUGUGAAAGCACCGGGGAAAAUGAAGGAUGGGAGUUGGGUCGGGAAGACAUAAAAGGGUCUCGUUACGCUGUAAAUGAUGAUAUGAGCAUGCCGGAGUUGGGGGGUUUGUAUACCUUUGCAUUGUGCGUGCAUGGAGUCUUGGUGGUUCUUUUGAUAU